AUGUUUGGCCGGUCGCGCUCCGGCCUGGAUCAACUCCUUGCUAGACCACGGCCCAGUCUUUGGCAACAAUUCAUCUCGCGGCCUUGCGUCUUUCUCGCACGGAGGCUCUACACCUGGCAUCAAGCCAUCCCAGCCAAACCACUCACCAACCCUGUUUCUAUAGUCUGCAUUUCCGAUACCCAUAAUAGCCAGCCAAAACUCCCAGAUGGAGAUAUUCUCAUCCACGCGGGCGACCUCGUCCAAUCCGGCUCCUUCAAGGAACUCCAAGCUACACUCACCUGGCUACACGCCCAGCCUCACCCGACCAAAAUCGUCGUCGCAGGUAACCACGACUUGCUACUUGAUGCUGGCCGCGAUGACCCAGCAAAACAAGCGGCAUCUGAGCGCGCCAACCUGAACUGGGGCGACAUUAUCUACCUGGAGAAUGAGGAAACGACAGUUGUGACUGCGAACGGACGACAGUUCAGAAUCUACGGCAGCCCUUUUUCCGCACGACACGGGAACUGGGCCUUUCAGUAUCCGCGGAGCCAGGACGUCUGGACCGGGUCGGUGCCCGACGGGAUCGAUGUGUUGAUCACGCAUGGUCCGCCGCGCGCUCAUCUCGAUCUGCUGGAUUUGGGCUGUGUGCAUCUCCUCCGCUCAUUAUGGCGGGUGCGGCCCCGGCUCCAUGUCUUUGGACACGUCCAUGAAGGCUCUGGUAUCGAGUGGCUUCUUUUUGAUGGGCUACAGGACGCGUAUGAGAGGACCGUUGUUGCGGGUGGGGGGAUGUGGAAUCUUUUAUCUACGGUGAGGGAGUCUGCGAAAGCAUUCUUCGCACCGUCUGUCGAGGCCAAGUGCAUCCUUGUGAAUGCUUCUAUGGUUGGGGGGUUGCGGGAUGACGAGCGAAGGCAGCCUGUCAAGGUUAUCAUCUAG